AUGUCAUUAAAUAAGAGAAAAUCUUUAAUAGCUUUGAUAAAAAGAGAUAUUUAUAAAGAAUUAGCAACAGCUUUUGAUAUUAGUACAAGUACAAUUGGUGAUAUUUUAAAUGAAAAAGAUAAGUGGCUUUCUAUUAACCCAGAAUCCUCCGAUGCUACCAAGAAAAAAAGGAGAAUCUUGAUAUAUGAAGAAGUUGAUCAAGCAUUAACUAUUUGGACAGAGAAAAGCUAUUGGUGCAGA